AUGACAAACGAAACAUUUAGGGCCCAACAAACUCAUUGCAAAGUUUCCUCGGAAGUUGAAGGAACUUUUCAUGGGAGCACUGAGACACAAGUCCAUGGUCUGUCAGAAAAGGUUGUGGGUGUUUUGGGAGGAGGGCAACUUGGUCGUAUGUUGUGCGAAGCAGCUUCCCAAAUGGCAAUAAAGGUAAUUGUUCUGGAUCCAAUGGAUAACUGUCCAGCAAGUGCCCUAUGUCAUUAUCAUAUGGUGGGCAGCUAUGAUGAUAGUGCAACACUAGAAGAGUUUGCUAAAAGAUGUGGAGUAUUAACUGUCGAAAUUGAGCAUGUUGAUGCUGCCACUCUUGAGAAACUUGAGCAACAAGGGGUGGAUUGCCAACCUAAAGCCUCAACAAUCAGAAUUAUCCAGGAUAAGUACCUUCAGAAGGUUCAUUUUUCUCAACAUGCAAUUCCACUCCCUGAAUUCAUGCAGAUAGAUGAUCUUGAAAGUGCUAAAAAAGCUGGAGACCUAUUUGGUUAUCCUCUUAUGAUAAAGAGCAAAAGGCUGGCUUAUGAUGGUCGUGGCAAUGCUGUUGCUAAAAGUAUAGAGGAGCUUUCUUCUGCUGUAAAUGCUCUUGGAGGAUAUGAUCGUGGUUUAUACGUUGAAAAGUGGGUGCCGUUUGUGAAGGAGCUCUCUGUCAUCGUGGCAAGAGGAAGAGAUAAUUCUAUUCUGUGCUAUCCUGUCGUUGAAACUAUUCACAGGGAAAACAUUUGCCACAUUGUCAAGUCACCUGCUAAUGUGUCGUGGAAGAUUUUAAAACUUGCUACUGAUGUUGCAUACAAGGCUGUGAGUUCAUUAGAAGGUGCUGGUGUAUUCGCAGUGGAGUUGUUUUUGACAGCUGAUGGUCAGGUCUUCCUAAAUGAAGUGGCACCUAGGCCACAUAAUAGUGGACAUCACACGAUCGAGGCUUGUUUUACUUCACAAUUCGAGCAGCAUUUGCGGGCUGUUGUUGGUCUUCCACUUGGUGAUCCGUCAAUGAAAACUCCAGCUGCUAUCAUGUAUAAUAUACUUGGUGAAGAUGAGGGCGAACCGGGUUUCCUUUUGGCCAAUCAACUUAUUGGAAGGGCAUUGAGAAUUAAAGGGGCAUCGGUUCAUUGGUACGACAAACCUGAAAUGAGAAAGCAAAGAAAGAUGGGUCACAUCACAAUUGUAGGCCCCUCUAUGGGCAUUGUUGAAUCUCGGCUAAAAUUCAUGCUGACAGAAGAAAUAUUGGAUGGGCAGCCUGCAGCUGCACCACGUGUUGGAAUCAUCAUGGGCUCGGAUUCAGAUCUUCCUGUUAUGAAGGAAGCUGCAAAGAUUUUAAGGGAGUUUGAUAUUCCUGCAGAGGUAAGAAUAGUUUCAGCACACCGGACUCCUGAAAUGAUGUUUUCUUAUGCCUUGUCUGCUCGGGAGCGUGGUAUACAGGUUAUCAUUGCCGGUGCUGGUGGUGCCGCUCACUUGCCAGGCAUGGUGGCUGCAUUGACACCCUUGCCCGUGAUUGGUGUUCCUGUACGGGCUUCUACAUUGGAUGGACUUGACUCCCUCUUGUCAAUUGUUCAGAUGCCCAGGGGGGUCCCAGUUGCAACAGUGGCAAUAAAUAAUGCCACAAAUGCAGGUCUGUUGGCUGUAAGAUUGUUAGGAAUUAGCGACAUCGACUUGCAAGCAAGGAUGGCUCAAUACCAAGAAGAUAGACGAGACGAAGUCUUGGUGAAGGAUGAUAGGUUGGAAAAGGGUGGCUGGGAAGAAUACUUGAAUUCGUGA